ACCUACCCUGACAUGGAUCUGUCCCGCUCCUGUCUGCCCCCUGGGUCUUUCCUCACCUGCUCUUCAGACAACACCAUUCGGCUGUGGCACAGUGACCCGGUGCAGGGAACCAGCUGCCUGCGUAACCUCUACAGCCACGAUCUGUUGAGGAUUGUGUACGUGGGGGAGGAUACCCAGCACCUUCAGACAGAUGGGGAGAGAGGAGAGGGGGGGAUGGACGCUAAGUCAGGGAUCAGAGUCCUGGGCGUCAGUCCUGAUGGACAACAUCUGGCGGCUGGAGACCGCAACGGAAACGUACAUAUAUUUGGUCUACAGUUCAUGGAUCAGCUGCAGAAGAUUGAAGCCCACGACUCUGAGGUGCUGUGUCUGGAGUUCUCCCCUGCAGAAACGGGGCUUCACCUGCUGGCGUCGGCCAGUCGAGACCGUCUCAUCCACAUCUUCAACAUGGAGAAGAGCUACAGUCUGGAGCAGACCGUCUAUGACCACUCUGCCUCCAUCACCGCUAUCAAGUUCACUGGAGUCAGCCCAGAGGUCCUCAUGGUGAGCUGUGGUGCUGAUAAGAGUAUCUACUUCCGCACUGCUGAACAGUCUUCGGAGGGUCUGAACUUUGCCCGUAGUCACCACGUAGUAGAGAAGACCACUCUGUAUGAUAUGGACCUGGACGCUACACACACACACACCGCCAUCGCCUGUCAGGACCGGAAUAUCAGAGUGUACAACGUGAAGAGUGGCAAGAUGAAGAAGUGUUUCAAAGGUUCUACAAGUGACGACGGAACACUGCUGAAGGUUCAGAUGGACCCCGCUGGGAUCUACCUAGCAACAAGCUGCUCUGAUAAGAGCAUCUGUAUCUUUGACUAUGAGUCAGGAGAGUGUGUGGCCACCUUGUUCGGUCACUCAGAGAUUGUGACUGGGAUGAGGUUCAGCCAGGACUGCAGACACCUCAUUACCAUAUCUGGAGACAGCUGUGUGUUCCUGUGGAGGUUGGACUCCCAGAUGACCAACUCUAUGAGGAAGAGACUGGCUGAGAGGAAACGGACAGCUGGAGUGACGACGACCGCCAAAGCUCCGACCAAGGAGCAUCUUAUCCGGAGAGAGACCUUCAUUUCUGUGCCAUUGGGCCACCUCCCCCAGGCAGGAGAGGAAGAGGAUGAAGAUGAUCCCAGGACUCCUGCUAGAUGUGACAUCACUCAUGACUUCCUUGCUCUAGACCCCAUGAUUCCACAGACCAACGGCAAACUGCCCAUGUGGGCCAGGAAACUGGGUCCUGCAGCAGGCACCACUGCUCUCCCUGCCGAGCUCCAGCCAGCACACCUCCAGCCGCGCGGGCGCUGGGCAGAGCAUCUCAACCCCCUGGCCAUCCGCUCUGUCCUGGAGACACACAGCCUGCAGCGCCCUCUCUCCCCCACCCCCCGCAGAGCAGAGGGACCAGGAGAGGAGGAGGAGGAGGAGGAGGAAGAUGAGGAGGAAGAUUCAUACUUCCACCCUCAGAGCCUGGACAGCCUGCUUGGAGAGGAGGACGAAGAUGUGGCAGUGGUGGAGGAGGAGGAAGAUGUGGUGGAGGAUGACGACAACGAAGAUCAGGGUUCUGGGUCUCUUCAGAGGCCUGGGUUCCUGGCCCUACCGGACAGUGACGACAUGUUUGGUCCUGGCCUCAGUAGCUACGUUCUUUACCCGGCUAACAGCACCACGCUGUCCACUGGAGGAGGAGAGGGUGAGUUUGGCCAGCGGCAGCAGGGCUGGGGAGGAGAGGACGAGCUGAGUCCAGACAGCGCCUGUUGUGUUGGUUCUGCAGAGAGCCAGGACCAACCCCAGGAUGAUACGGACUCCCUGAGCCAGGUGAGUUCUACAGGUAGUUCUGGAGUGGAGGAAGAGGAGGAAGAUCCACAGACACUCCUUAGACAACACUUUGACACCAUGGCCAACCACCUGAGCAACGAGGAGCGGUUUGAGACGGACCUGUCCAGUCUGCAGUCUCCACCCAUAGAGACGGAGAGCCUCUUCCUCAACCCCCGAUUCAGCAUCUCCACCCGCUUCCUGUCUCGUUUCCAGAGCCGCCUCCGUGGUCCUGGUUCUGCCCUGCGUCCUGCUCCUCUCCCGCCCAGCAUCACCGAGGAGCCCAGCAGCCACUCCUCACCUGACCCGACCCCCAGCCUCAACACUACUCAGGCCAACUCCAAGCAGUUUGUCGUGAGCAGUACUACAGAAUCUGUUCAAGAGGAGAGCCAGACCCCUGAUGUGCCCGAUAAAACCCUGAGGUCUCAGUCUAGUGGUCCGUCAUCAUCCAGCUCCACCCUCAAACCCUCCCAGCCCGGCCUGGACAAGGAGCCCCUGACCCGGCUGCCUCGCCAGCGUUACAUGGGCACCACCACCAGCUCCAGAGCCAAGAGGUCCCAGGGUGAGGGCCUGAACAUCUCCCCGACUGAGGAGGAGCACCCUGCUGGGGGGAAGAUCAUGGAGGCGAGAGCCUCAUCCCUCCUGGACCUCCAGAACGUUACAGACCCGGAGUGCAAGGAGAAUCUGCCGCCCCCUGUAGUCCCGCCCCCUGUAGUCCAGCCCCCUGUAGUCCAGCCCCCUGUAGUCCCGCCCCCUGUAUCCCACACCACCACCCCUUCCUCAGUGGAGCCUCCUGCCAGCCAGCCUCCCUCCGUCCCUCCUUCUCCUGCGGGGAACCACAGAGCCAGAGCAGCUCUCCACCUGGAUCUGGCUAUGCCCUCUGACCCCCCCGCCUUAACCUUCCCUCUGGCCUCCCACAAGUCCCAGAGGAGGUUUGGAGACUCGACCCAUCCGACCCGCCACGCCUUGGUCACCCCAACUGAGAUGCGUUCUCUUGGGAAGGAGGCGAAGAGGUGCCUCCGUAACAUGGAGGACAGCUUGGGGCGACGGGGAGGAUUACCAGGGCUCCGCAGUAGCCCGGCCCCCACCUCGUCUCCGGCCUCGGCCCCCCAUCUGUGCCCUACCCUCUCUCAGGCCCAGCUCACCGAGAACCCCUCCCAUCUGCCCCAGCUGCAGCAGGCUCGCGACAGUCCUGUCUCUGGUUCUGCCUGUUCCUUCCCUCUCCACGGUGACUCUGGUCUCCACGGUGACUCUGGUCUUCACGGUGACUCUGUAGAGGAAACCCUGAACCUUCAGAUGUGUCACCAGGUGGCCAACGAGUUGAGGCACACCAUGAGAAGAGCCGUCACAUUCUACAACAAGGUCUGCUGUAUGACAGACAGCCCAGAGCAGCAGGGCCAGAUGUCGGCCAUUUUAAAAGAGGCCUUUUGUGUGGCUCAGACGGAGCUGGCCUCUGUGUUUCCUUCGGGUCAGACGUCAGCAGCAGGUCACAGCGCCCCCUGUCCCCUGGAGGACUCUCCAGGUCGCCAGCUGAGAGACGACCGGACCGUGGCUCUGUUGGAGAAAUACUCUGAGAUGCUACUGUUCAUUGCUGAGAAGAAGAUGGACAGUAGCUAGUUGAUGGGUUUGACUAGAUGGGAUGCCCCCGCUAAUAUCAGAAGUUACUUUUCGUAGCAGGUUAGGAGAAUUAGGUUAAGGUUAGGAAAAGUUAUCCCUGGACGCGACUCGAAUAUGCACGUUUUAACAGACAUGACCCUAGCUGAUGGAGGAUGAGACAAGACGUCCUUACGUGAAGCAAAUAUUAACUAACCAGAUGUGAGCAAUUGGAUGCUUUCACUUCUCACCAGACUGUUUUCAAUAGCAUCCUGUCUCUUCUAACCAGACUGUUUUCAAUAGCAUCUUGUCUCUUCUAACCAGGCUGUUUUCAAUAGCAUCCUGUCUCUUCCCACCAGGCUGUUUUCAAUAGCAUCCUGUCUCUUCUAACCAGACUGUUUUCAAUAGCAUCCUGUCUCUUCCCACCAGGCUGUUUUCAAUAGCAUCCUGUCUCUUCCCACCAGGCUGUUUUCAAUAGCAUCCUGUCUCUUCCAACCAGGCUGUUUUCAAUAGCGUCCUGUCUCUUCCAACCAGGCUGUUUUCAAUAGCGUCCUGUCUCUUCUAACCAGACUGUUUUCAAUAGCGUCCUGUCUCUUCUAACCAGACUGUUUUCAAUAGCAUCCUGUCCCUUCGAACCAGACUGUUUUCAAUAGCAUCCUGUCUCUUCUAACCAGACUGUUUUCAAUAGCGUCCUGUUCCUUUUAACCAACAGCACCUUUUUUUAAACCUGACCGGAUGACUGUCUCUGUAUAUUAGAAUGUUUAUUUAGAUUUGUUUUAAACCUCAUACUUUCAGUGAAAUGUUUAGCACCUCAUUAGAGACUGACUGAAGUAAGUCACUGGUAAAAAUACAUGCUUCACAAUCUAGUUUAAAGUCUCCGAGUUGUUUAAAAUCUUUUAGCUCUUUGUCUUAUUUUCCUAUUUAUCUUAAUUAAUGGAUGUUUUAUUUCAAGUUUUCUUUCUUUUUGCUUGUUACUUUAAUUGAAAGCUCUUUUGUUGUUUGUCUUUUUUGUGUGUUUUGGUAGCUGUUGUCAUUCUUCGAUUUAUUUAGCUCUCACAAAAGCAUCUCAAAGUAGAAGUGCUGAUCUAGGAUCAGUUUAUCAUUUUAGAUGCAUUGUGGGUUUAAUUUUAUUUUUAUUUUUUUAUGAAUACGAUUACAUUAGACAGAUCCUAGAUCAGCACUCCUUCUCUUGGAUGCUUUGUGGCUACGAGCCCAGGUCCUUAACCCAUUCUGUAUCUAACCUUGUAGCCAUGGUAACGCUUUAUUUUAAAACAUGAUCUAUUUGAGCGUCAAAGCGGUCAAUGAGGAGUCAUUCAGCCACAACCAAAGUGACCUGCUUUAAUCAGUGUUUACAUUUGAAUCUCUUAUUAUUAUGGUCUGUUUCUUUUGACCUGUCCAGGUAUUUGUGUACCAGGUUAUGUUUUGCUAGUUCUCUCUAUCUAAGCAGUCAAGUCGAGUUCAGUAUUAGUGUGGUUUCUGCUUGCUUCCUAUCGAGGUUGGAGCCAACAGACACUAGUGUUAAGGGCUCUAUUAUGUUAAAGCCUGUGGAAUCAGAUGGGUAGAAUAGUCUCACCGUCGCCUGCAGUGUUUUGUACAGUUCUCCUGUGGUGUUUCACCUGUGUACUUCAUGGUUUCUUGUGAAAUUGUUCAAUUUCAAUGUAAAUUAUUUGUAAUAUUUUUACCUUUCUGCUUUUGCAUUCAUACAAAAUGUCUAUUUUACUAAGAAUGUGUAAUAAAGGUUUUUUACAUAUUG